GGUCGAGGACGGCAACCUAUGCAAAUGAAUCAACAAAUGGGACCACAGGGCGGAAUGGGCCGCGGCAGUAUCCCUGGUGGACAGAUGAGUGGUCAAGCGCAUAUGGGCUCGCAGCAUAUUCCUGAAGGUCAACAAGUGAUGGGACAACAGAUUGGUGGACAUGCAAUGGGUUCGCAACAAAUGUCUCAUCAGAUGGGUCAGACGUCGAUGUCCGGACAGCAGCAGUACUAUAUGCAGCAGUCAGAUCAGAGGUGA